UUUUGCUUCGGUCGUGCCUUGUACCCCGGGCAUAUAUAUGCUCCUAACUCACACGCCCCAUCUCCAAAGUCUGAGCGUGCAAGCCUGCGUGACUAGCGCGUACGAGUCUUUGGGCUGAUGGUCUCCUUGCCGUCCAUCCAUGGCCGCAAGACCUCGGGUAUUGUGACAGUCAUGCUGCCUUCGUCCCAGCCGGUUUCCAGUAUGGCGGCGAGCACCCUGGGGACGGCAAGCGCCGUCCCGUUGACGGUCCAGGGGUAGGUCAUCUUGCCGCUGGAGCCGCCAAUGCGGACCCUGGUGGCCAGCCGACGCGUCUGGUAGUCGGUACAGAUGCUGGCGGACGUGACCUCGCCCCAGCCCUCCUCCUCGUCGUGGGCGCCGUCGACCGACGCGGCGACGCCUUGUUUGCCAGCAGCGGACGAGGUGUCGCGGCGGGCACGCGAGGGGAACCAGGCCUCGAUGUCGUUCUUGCGGGCGGCGCUGGCGCCCAGGUCGGCGGUGGGCAUCUCGAGGAUGCGGCAGUGCAGGCCCAGGGAGCCGAGGAUCUCGGUCUGCAUGUCGAGCAUCUCAUCAAAGACCUCUGCGGCGGCGUCCGGGUCAGGCGGGGUCCAGGCGAACAGCUCGACCUUUGUGAACUCGUGCACGCGGUACAGGCCCUUGGUGUCGGCGCCGCGGGCGCCGGCCUCGGCGCGGUAGCAGCGGCUGACGGCGGCACGGCGGCUGGGGAGGUCGGCCUCGUCGAGGACCGAGUCGGCGCGCAUGCCGGCCAGGGGGAUCUCGGCGGUGGCGGCGAGGCUGAGCUCGGGGCGGCCCUUGUCCCUGUCGCGGGGGCUCUGGCUCAGGGUGUAGACCUGGGUCUCGCCGUUCUGGUCGCGGGGCAUGAAGCCGCAGGCGGAGGCGAUGUGGCUGUAGACGACCGAGGGCGGGCUGACCUGGGCCCAGCCGUAGCGGCGGGCGGUGUCGAGGGCGUAGCUGACGAGGGCGUGCUCGAGCUGGGCGCCGUCGCCCAGCAGGUAGUACCAGCCCCAGCCGGAGCUGGUGGCGGCGCCGGCAAAGUCGAGGAUGCCCAGCUCGGAGCCGAUGUGGACGUGAGAGCGCCAGACGCGGUCGGAGGAGCUGGGGUGGGGCUCCGGGUGGUCGUUGAUGUAGCUCAGCACGGCUGGCCGGUCGCCGCGCGGGGCGUCCGGGCCGGUGAGGUUGGGCAGGGCGAGGGCGAGGGCCUGGAUCUCGGCCUGCAGGCGGAGCUCGUCCUGCUCGAUGGAGGCGAGCUGCUGCUUGAGGCGGCGGGCCUCGUCCAGCAGCCCGUCGCGGGUGGCGGCGGCGGUGUCCUGGUCCUGGUCCUGGUCGGGGCUCACGGACGAAGGGUUGGCGAUGUGGCGGCGCAGCAGGUUGGAGCGCUCACGCAGGGCGCGGCCGUCGCGCUGGCGAGACUGCCACUGGUCGUGCAGCCGGACGAUGCGGGCGGGGUAGGCGGCCUGGGCGUUGUAGUUGCGCUCGAUGCAUGUCUGCUCGUACAGGGCCGGGUUCUGGCGGAUGUGCUUGAUGUCGACGGUGGGCUUGGGCGCAAUGGUGGGCCUGCCGGCGGCGAGGGACUGCUCGGGAGAGCGCAGGCGCGACGACGAGUGCAGUGGCCUGCGCGGGUGUGUGUAGUUGAGGUUGAGCCGGGCCUGUGGCUGCGGCUGCGACUGCGGCUGCGACUGCGAGAGGCGGCAUCGCAGGCAUGUGAAUCCCCGCCGGGCAGUCCUCAUGGUGUCAUGAGGUUAAAGUUGAGGUUGAGGAUGAGGUUGAGGAUGGGCUUGUGUGCUCUCGCCCUUCUUCCCUCCCUCUCUUUCCCUUUUUUUCCUUCUUUGGGCUGUCCCGAUUUAUAAAGCAGGGCCCUCGGGAGAAGGAGCAGAAAUCUGGUGAUGAUUGCGGGAUGUUGCGGGAUGCUGUCGCAGCAGAUGGCAGCAGAUGUGAGAAAAUUAGGUCAGAGCUCAGAGCUUCCCCUCGGCCGGGAUGCUUGGGGUCCUGGACAGGGGUUGGGGUCCCACCUGGAGAGUCUGGGGCCCUGGGGCCCCAGGGUUGCGUUUGUCAACAGCCCACCUCGGUGAUAAGUGCCAAGUGUGUUGGCGACGGACCGACAACCACCUAAUACCACCUUCCCUUCUCAACCCCUCGGCCCGUUGUUGACUUUCCAAGUUCCCAACUCGUACACACCAUGUAUGCAUGUCCAGCUUGCCGCCACAGCACGGACGCUUCCCUAUCUCGUCCCCAUGCAAUACUGCAGGCUGUCUUAUCCGGCUUCCAUGUCGCAUCUGGCCUUGCUGCCAUCCGAUGCAACCUUUGAACCUGGACGGCCAUGUCCUCCGGAAAGUGCCCCGAUUAAGAUGGCCCCUGGGCCUCAUCACCCCGUGAGCCUGCCGCUUCUAUAUAAGGUUGGCAUAGGGUGGCCUGGUAUGCAGGAACAAUGUCCUCCUCAAGGCCCUGGACUGUGAGGCUCUGCUUGCCGGGGAAACCACACAGCUCACUGCAUCAUGGUCGCCUGGAGGGCCUCUCUUGCCGCCUUGGCCGGCCUCAUCACCAUCGCCUGCGCCUCCACUGCCAGACGAGACGACACUGCGCCCAGUCUUGAGCCCACAAACGUCCCCGGCGCAUAUAUUGCCGAACUCGCCGACGACCAGGAUGCCACCGCCCUCUUGAGCCAGAUCGAGGCUGAAGCAGGUGUUUCUCGCGUCUCCCAGCGCGUGAAACUCCAGUCCAAGGUCUUCAGGGGCGUGUCCUUUCAGGUCCAUGGCCCUGGCGAGGAAGCCGCCCACAGGAUCGCCGCCCUGCCCCAGGUCAAGCAGCUGUGGCCGGUGCCCCUGAUUCGCGUCCCCGACCUGGGCCUCACCUGGACCGGCAACGACAGCGCCCCAUCCAAGUAUAAGCGCCAGGCCAAUUCCACAGACUCCUGGCCCCCUCAUGUCCUGACCCAGGUCGACAAGCUCCGCGCCAAGGGCUUUACCGGCGAGGGCUUCCGCAUCGGUAUUGUGGACACGGGCAUCGACUACACCCACCCUGCCCUCGGAGGCUGCUUUGGACCCGGCUGUCUGGUUGAGUACGGGGCAGACCUCGUCGGGGACACCUUUGAUGGCACCAGCGCCCCCAUCCCCGACGCCGAUCCAUUCGACGACUGCCAGGGCCAUGGCACGCACGUGGCUGGCAUCAUCGCAGCCGCCGAGAACCCAAUGGGCUUCACCGGCGCCUCUCCUGGCGUGAAGCUCGGCAUGUACCGCACCUUCGGGUGUCCUGGGGUCACCACAGGGGAUAUACUCCUGGCAGCCGCCAUCCAGGCUUUUGAGGAUGGGUCUGAUAUCAUCACAGGCUCCGUCGGCGGCGCCAACGGCUGGGCCGGCGAUGCCUUUGCCGUUGCUGUCGCCAGGAUUGUAGACGCCGGUGUGCCCUGCACUUUUGCUGCUGGCAACGAGGUGGGUGGUACUGAGGGCCUCUUUGGGAUCAGCUCUCCCAGCACCGGCGAUGGCGUCAUGUCUAUCUCGUCGUACCAGAGCGACGCGUCGGACAGCCCCGGCCGCGUGUCUGCAUUCACCAGCUGGGGCCCUACCUUUGAGCUCAAGUUGGCUCCGAGCUUCGGCUCACCCGGUGGCGACAUCCUCAGCACCUGGCCGGUGGCCCUCGGCUCAUACGCCGUCGCCUCGGGCACAUCCAUGGCCACGCCUCUGGUGGCAAGUAUCGUCUCCCUAGUGUCUCAGGCUCGAGGGACGAGGGAUCCUGACCUGAUCAAGAGGCUUCUCGCGUCGACGGCGAAGCCGGCCAAGUCACAGAACUACGGCGAGGCCAACAGCGAGCUAGCCCUUGGUCCAGUGCCCCAGCAGGGCGCCGGUAUGGUCCAGGCCUUCGAUGCCGCCUAUGCGACGUCUGUACUCAACGUCGCCAGCCUCUCAUUCAAUGACACCGACAACCUCGUUUCCGAGGCCUCUUUCGCCGUCACCAAUGUCGGUGACACUCCGGCAACGUACAACCUGUCACACGUCCCUGCGCUCACAGCCACCACUCUUUUCGACAUAUACCGCAGCAGCUCCCCAGAAGUGAACCCCGUGUACGCGGCACUGACCUUCGAGCCAGCCUCUUUUACCCUCGAGCCCAACGACACCGCCGAGGUCCACAUAAGCGUCGUGCCUCCAAAGGGACUGGACGCCGCCUCCCUGCCCAUAUACUCCGGCUGGGUCGUCCUCGACGGCACAAACGGAGACGGCGACAUAGCCCUCUCACUGCCGUACAUUGGCGUCGCGGGCUCCAUGAGGAACGCGACUGUACUCGCCUCCCAGCGCCUCUCCCUCAGCCGCAGUGACGACCCGACCAACCCCGAGGUCCCUGCGAACACCACCUUCCAGUUGCCCGCCCCGGCCGCCCACCCGGACUGGGCCCAGCCGACUUUCAACACGUCCGACUCGGUCUUGCCGCCCGGUGCCCUCCCCGACCAAUUCGUAUGGUUAGUUUUGGGCAGCGCCGAGGUCCGCAUCGAGGCAGUGCCCCUCGAUUCUAGCACGCCCGGCGCCGUGGACAACGGCCUCGGGGUCGUCACCCUCGGAAACGUCGCUGGCUAUCCACUCACGUACCACCGGCCCAUCGGCUGGAUGAGUCCCUGGGACGGCAGCCUGGCCGAUGGCUCAUGGGCGCCGGCAGGGCGGUACCGGCUAACUAUCUUCGCGCUCAAGAUAUCUGCGGAUCGGGCCCUGACGGAGAGCUGGGACCGGUAUGACUCUCCCGAAUUUAUCAUUCGCUAUGUGUAGGUGCGACAAGGGCGCUACCGAUUCGUUUGUCGUUGGGUAUGAGCUGCAGAUGUGCCCAUCCUGAGGAAGUUGAGACUUGGUUUGAAUGAUUCAGAGCACUUGAGGUUUAGAACUUGAACUUCUGCGUGAGAACCUUUUCACUUGUGGCUUAUGCGCUUUAGUAGUAAAGAGUCCUCGUCGUGAUCUACAGUCAAAUCUGAGCAUCGCAAUUACUGCAGGAAGCUAGCAAGAGCCGGCCGGUACUUUCUGACAAAAU